UAUAUUUCGAAUCGGAAACGUUCUCACUUCCAUUACCAGGUUUUUGAAGCUUCAGAGGCAGUUAAUUCCUCAAUUGCCAUAAGCCAUGUCGAAGAGAAGGACCAGAGAGCCCAAGGAAGAGAAUGUCACUCUCGGACCUGCCACUAGGGAUGGUGAACUAGUGUUUGGUGUGGCCCACAUCUUUGCUUCAUUCAACGACACCUUCAUUCACGUGACUGAUUUAUCUGGGAGGGAAACCAUGGUUCGUAUAACAGGUGGUAUGAAGGUGAAGGCUGAUAGGGACGAGUCUUCACCAUAUGCAGCUAUGCUUGCAGCUCAGGAUGUCUCUCAACGUUGCAAGGAGCUUGGAAUAAAUGCCCUUCAUAUCAAGCUUCGAGCAACUGGUGGGAACAAAACUAAGACCCCUGGUCCUGGUGCACAGUCUGCACUUAGAGCCCUUGCACGUUCUGGCAUGAAGAUUGGUCGCAUAGAGGAUGUGACUCCAAUUCCCACCGACAGCACUCGGAGAAAGGGUGGCAGAAGGGGAAGGAGGCUGUAAUUUGUCCUUUUGAGGCGUACUUACGGUUUUCAUUUGGAGAUUCCCUCAAGUUGCAAGUCUGUCAUUUUUUCUUUUACUGUCACAACAUUAUGCAGUUUAAAUGAAUUUUGUCGCCAUUUGAUCAUCUGGAUAAUUGACAACUACGGAUAGUGCUUUUGCUGGACUAUAAGCUAAAUGCCUUAUGCCAUUUAUUCUAAUAUCGAUGGCUUUGAGUAACAAUUCCAUUAUUCUCAGUGUUCA